AUGGACAGCGUGCUCGACCUCAACAGGCGCUGGUACGAGCGCUCGCUGCCGCUGCGCUCCUGCAGCCUCAAGGAGGUGGCCAACACCACGACUUCCAAGGAGGAGAUGGACGCGAUGUUCCGUGAGGCGCAGGAGGUACUCGACGCGGAGACGGCGCAGAGCCACGCCGACAAGGGCCGCUGGUACAACACGCAGUUCCUCUCGCGCGGUACGACCACCGACAAGAUCGCCUCCGCCGCGGUGAAGCUGAGCGACACAGACUUCAUGUUCUUCCUCGACGGCUUCAACCUGCUCUUCGACACAGCCCGCACCGACACGCACCACUACGAGGCGGCGCUCAAAGCGCUUGCUGUCGUCUGGCCGAAACUGCUCCCGCACCGCCCGCUUAAGCGAUUUGUCUCUCAGUUCUUUGCGACGCUGCCUACGGACGCGCAGGGCCGGCGGGUGGUGCUGCUGUACUGGUAUAUCGAGGACUANGAUUUGUCUCUCAGUUCUUUGCGACGCUGCCUACGGACGCGCAGGGCCGGCGGGUGGUGCUGCUGUACUGGUAUAUCGAGGACUAUCUGA